CAGCAUGAUGAGCAUGAGCAUUAGUCAAAAUGGGAGCAUAAGAAACAUUUCUCUUUGUUAUGAACAUCAUCCUAACUCCUGUCAGAAGUUAAUCUAUCCACUGGCCAUGCGAGUUAUUACAUAUUUUGUCAUUGGUUUCAUUAUACUUAUUACAUUAUUUGGAAAUUUUCUGGUGAUCAUAGCCAUAACUCAUUUCAAACAGCUGCACACACCAACUAACUACCUCACUCUCUCUCUGGCUGUAGCUGACCUGCUUUUAGGAGGGGUUGUGAUGCCUGCUAGCAUGAUACACUCUGUGGAGACUUGCUGGUAUUUUGGGAGUUUAUUCUGGCGAUAUUAUGCAGUCUGUCAUCCCCUGCUGUACCACAGUAAAAUGACUUCUCUUACUACUCUGUUCAUGAUCACUGUUGGUUGGAGUGUUUCUGUUGUUGAGGGGAUUAUAUUUCCACAGCUAAGUGUUCUGAACAUGAAAGCUUACAGUGAUCUUAUAUGUAAGGGAACCUGUGUUUUCUUUUUAGGACCCUUGACAAGUUUAUUACUUUCUGUAAUCUGUUUUUACGUCCCUAUCAUUAUCAUGUUAAGCAUAUAUCUGAAAAUAUACCUUGUUGCACAGAGGCAAUCUCGAUUAGUCCGCAAUACUGUCUCUCAAGCCAAUAAAUCCAGAGGGCAACCUGCCAUUAGUAAAGCAGAGAGAAAAGCAACUAAAACAUUAGUCAUUGUCAUGGGAGGGUUUCUAUUAUUUUGGGCACCUCUUUCUAUCUAUAAUCUCAUUGCAACAUUGUUUGGUUUUAUUGUUCCACCACAAAUGUUGGAUGUGCUCUGUUGGAUUGCUUAUUCAAAUUCAGCUCUCAAUCCUAUUGUAUAUGCAUUCUUCUUUAAGUGGUUUAGAAAAGCUCUUAAAGUUAUUUUAUUAGGUCAAAUAUUCAGGAACAACUCUUCCAGAAUACAGUUGUGUUCAGAGUAG